CCGCUCUCAUAAUCCGAGGUGCAUGCUGAGAUCUGAUGUUUCUGCAGCCCACAUUCUAAUUAUCAUCAUAUGACUGGGCGUUAAGAAGGCGCCAUGGAAUUUUCGAGCUGCCAUAGUCAAUGAUUUCUGAAGAUUUUCUCCAUCCGCCCACCCAAUGCUAAUUUUAAUCCGCAGUCUUCGUGAAUCCGGCCCGUCUGAGCCGAAGAGGAACUGCGCGUGGAAGGUGUGGAUUCCCAGUCUUUGCUUGCUAUCUUCAAUUGAAUUCAGUCCCUAGCCAAGUUGUGAAGUCGCGCUUAAGGAACUUGAAUCUGAUUUGCCAUCUUCGCUCAAGACUCUGGGCCAUGGAAUGUGUUUCCCCUCUUGUACAAGAUUGUUUACAAUCUAGUCUUGCAUUGGCCCAUGUAAAUGCAUUGGCUAUCCAGGCGUAGCUGCGUUCGCGAUGGAAAUAAAAGGGCAGCUUCAUCGCGUCAUUUUCAAAUUGGAAUUUCAAGCAAGCCAGCCACGAGCGUUGAACUUCCUCCCCAACACACCGGCCCAGCAUAUCACCUACCGUUUGCUAGAUCUCUUUCCUUAAGAUGCACAACAAAGCUACUGUCGCCUCUUUGGCGACUCUGCUGACCUUAGGCCGUGCCCAGCAAGUCGGCACGCAGACCGCUGAGACGCAUCCCAAGGUUACCUGGCAACGCUGUACCGCAGCAGGCCAGUGCACCAGUGUCAACGGUGAGGUCGUUAUUGACUCCAACUGGCGAUGGACUCACGUGGUAAAUGGUUACCAGAACUGCUACACCGGAAAUGAGUGGGACACAACCGUAUGUCCGGAUGCUGAUACUUGCACCAAGAACUGCGCCAUCGAGGGUGCGGAUUACUCGGGCACAUACGGUGUGACUACCUCCGGCAAUGCUGUGACUCUGAAGUUCCGAAAUGACCACCAAUACGGCACUAACAUCGGAUCUCGUCUAUACCUCAUGAACGGUGCAGACAAGUACCAGACGUUCACGGCCAAUGGCAACGAAAUCGCUUUCGACGUUGAGAAUGCUGACCUUGGUUGUGGCAUAAAUGGCGCCGUAUACUUCGUCUCUAUGGACGAGGACGGCGGAAAGGCACGCUACCCCACCAAUAAGGCUGGUGCGAAGUAUGGUACCGGAUACUGCGACUCCCAAUGCGCUCGAGAUCUCAAGUGGAUUAGUGGAAAGGCUAAUUCCGAAGGUUGGGUACCGUCGACGACAGACCAGAACUCUGGUGUCGGUAACAAAGGGGCCUGCUGUGCUGAAAUGGACCUCUGGGAGGCUAACAGCAUGUCUUUCGCGUUGACACCUCACCCAUGCCAGAAGGAUGGAUACUUCGUCUGCGAGACGACCGACUGCGGUGGUACAUACUCCGACAACCGAUAUGCAGGCAGCUGUGAUCCUGAUGGAUGCGACUUGAACCCGUUCCGUCACGGUAACACCGGCUUUUAUGGCAAGGGAAAGACCAUAGAUACUAGCAGGAAGUUCACCGUCGUGACCCAAUUCCACGGCUCAGGCACGUCUCUAGACAGCAUUUCGCAAUACUUCAUCCAAGACGGCAAGAAGUUUGAAGUCCCCAAGUCUAAAUAUGUAUCUGAUGGCAGCAAGAUCGACGCCAGCUUCUGUGAUGCUGCUGCAGACGUCUUCAAUUCCACCAAGCGAUUCGACGAGAUGGGCGGUUUAACAAAGAUGGGUGAAGCUACGGGCAAGCCCAUGGUCUUGGUUAUGUCUGUUUGGGAUGAUGCAUAUGCCAACAUGCUUUGGCUGGAUGGUCAGAGAUAUCCCCUUGAUCGCGAUCCGUCUGAGCCGGGAGUUGCUCGCGGAGAAUGCGAUGUCGACGGCAGCAAGCCCGAGCAAGUCCGUGAAAAAUUUAGAAAUGCCAAGGUUACGUACAGCAACAUCAAGUUCGGUCCCAUCGGAUCGACUUACAAGCUUUGA